GGGGUGUGCAUCACCGAUCAGGAAAUUGAGAGCUGUUGGUUCCUCCAGAAGCGGUGUUACAUUUAACACAUUGAACGGGGCAUCUGAUAGCCAAACAAUUAUGUUCAGGGGCAGACCAUUUGGUCUGUUAAAAUCUCUCCACUUCUUGGAUGGCCAUCCAAAUUUGGCCCAUAAAUUCAUUCAUCCAGCUAUUACUUCUCAUGUGCAUCACUGUCAAAAGAGGAAUGUGGAUUACAGACAGAGCUACAGGACAGGCCCAAGUAGUGCUGGAAGAAGAACACUAGAUGUUCCUCAAACUAAGGUCAUGGCAGAACAAGAAUUGCCAGGUGUUUUGAUUCUGGAUAUAGGAGGAACUCAUGGUGUGCUGGAAAACCAUGUAGCACUUCUGAAGAAACACUUUCGCCUUAUCACCAUGAAGGAAUUUCUUGAAAACAAAAAAGAAGUGAGCAAAAAAAUCCAGUCUGUUUUUGUGUUUGAGUGCAGGCCAACUAUUGACCGAGAGCUCCUGGAAAGCCUGCCUAAUUUAAAGGUUAUUGGAAACUCCGGCGUUGGAGUGGAUCACUUAGAUGUGAAAAUGAUUUCUAACUUUGGUGUAAAAGUGACUAACACCCCACAUGCCGUUGCUGACUCAACAGCAGACAUAGGAAUGGCCUUGAUGCUGGCAUCUGCCAGAAGACUAGUGGAAGGCUGCCAGAUUGCAAUUUCUUCAGACACAAAGUAUUUUGCUGUUGACUGGCUGGGAGUUGAAGUUACCAAGGCUACUCUUGGGAUCAUUGGAAUGGGCAGUAUUGGUUAUAAAGUGGCUCAGAGGGCCAAAGCCUUUGAAAUGAAGAUUCUCUACCACAACAGGAACCAGAGGAAAAAGGAAGAGGAACAGGCAGUUGGUGCCCAUUACUGUGAGAAGAUGGAAGACUUGCUACAGCAAUCUGACUUUGUUAUGCUGGUUGUGAACUUGACUCCAGAGACUCACAAACUGAUUGGGAAAAGGGAGUUGGGGCUAAUGAAACCCACAGCCACUCUUAUAAACAUCAGCCGAGGUGCAGUUAUUGAUCAAGAUGCAUUGGUAGAAGCUCUCCAGAAGAAGGUUAUUAUGGCUGCUGCUCUGGAUGUGACAUACCCUGAGCCUCUUCCAAGGGACCAUCCUUUAUUAAAAUUAAAUAACAUCAUCAUAACCCCUCACAUUGGAACUGCAACAGUCCAAGCCAUCCAUAUGAUGGCAGAGGAAGCAAUAGCAAAUAUGCUAGCUGCUCUCAAUGGUAAACCCAUUCCCAGUGAAGUGUUCCCCAAAUGAUGUGUAUCAGAUGACAUCACAAAAUCUCAUAUCUGUGAAAAGACACUAUUUCCUACAGUUCCUGUGUUCCUGCACUGCUUUUGUUGUCAUGAUACUGCAAAGCUGUUGGCCCAUUGUGAUUACCCUGUAUUGUCAUUUCCAACUCUGAAAAACAAAGG